ACCAUGGAGUCCUUUAGAGGGCAUGGAGGCAUUCAGAUGUUGCUAACUGCAGAGCAGGAGGCCCAACAAAUAGUUUCAAGUGCUAGAAGCUUGAAGAUGGCCAGGCUAAAACAAGCAAAAGAAGAAGCUGAGAAGGAUGUGGACCAUUAUCGCUCCCACAUGGAAACCGAAUACCAAAAUAAAAUUUCCGAGACAAGUGGAAGCUCUGGAAACACUGUGAAGCAGCUUGAAGAGGAAACGGAAAUGAAGAUUAAAGCCUUGACAGAAUCAACCUCAAGGGUAUCGAAAGAAAUAGUUGAUAUGCUCAUGAAGCACGUUACAACUGUGAGGACUUGACACCUUCAUUAAGAAUGCAAUACGAAGCUGAACAAGAGUGCAACAGACGAAGGCAGAACUUGGUCAAAUGAUACAUAGAUGCAAUAAGCAUUUGCAGUUUUUAAUUCCAAUAAUGGUGCCAAGGAGGUCCCAAAAUUUUAUUUCAUCUGUAUCUUUCUUUGCGGAUGAUUAGUUUUCUGAUCAGAUGUUGCAAUGCAACCUCUCUUUACCUCACACACAACUGCGAUGUUUGAUUAAUUGUUCUGUAGUUGCAGAUUUUGGCACUGAAAAUCAACUAGCUUGUAAACAACCAUGUUAGUUUCUCAUAUUCCACUUUGAAUCCACAAGACUU